AAUCACCGCUGCUCAUCAGCUGAUUAUGUUGCCGUAAAGGGGUCAGCGAUUUCACAGUUUUAUCCAUUCAAAACGAACUAAAUUACACCCGUAAUGUUAAAAGAUUUUAAAUUUCAAUUAUUGAUUCGGCAGAGAAAUAAGCCCAAAAGUCCAUUCCGUUGGUGUCGAUUUGGCCCUCACAGCUGAGAAUCGAGCAGUGGUGUGGUGUGCCAAGUUAGUAAAUUCCCUUUUGUGAACUCAGGCCAUAUUAUGCAAUCCCUGUUUAAGUAAAGUACUCCUAAGUAGUAUUUUGAGGGGGAUUGCAGGUAUGUGCACUUGUAAGGAUGGAAAUUAGAGAGAUUGAUACAUACAUAUGAUUACGUACAUGUGUGGAUGUGUGAUGAACCGGUAGUGGUUAUGAUGUGUACCAUACAUUCUGGUAUUAUAUUGGUGUUCUAUAUUACCUUUGGAAGAAAAUAAACAGGAAGAUGUUAGUUGUCCGGAGACUUGCAUAUAGCCCGUGUUCGGCCCGAUGUCUCGCAACAGUUGCACAGGAGGUGACUUCCAAGAUUGUGGAGGGUCCCUUGGCCACGUAUGAAAACAGAGUAGAAUGCCAGCAACUAAUAUACGAUCCUUAUCAAAAAAAUAUUGUAGAGGAGUUGCAGAGAUGUUAUGAUGAAGUUAGCACAUACACACCACCACCACCUCCAGGACUUUUAAGAAAGUUCCUCGGAUGGCAGAACAAGGUGAUUCCACCGAAAGGGGUGUACAUCUGGGGAACAGUAGGCACGGGUAAAACAAUGCUUAUGGAUCUCCUGUAUGAAUGUGCUCCAGGGGAUAAGAAGAAGAGGGUUCAUUUUAACAAGUUCAUGGUUGAUGUGCACAAACGAAUACACAUAGAAAAGAAAAAGACGAAGAAGAUCCAUGCGCCUGACCAGGCUCGUUACUUUGAGCCUGAUGGCACUUACACCAUUAGGCUCAGGCCAGAUGAUCCGAUUCCCCCUGUUGCAAGAUCAAUUGCCGAUGAAGCAUGGCUGCUCUGUUUUGAUGAAUUCCAGGUAACAGAUAUUGGUGAUGCAAUGGUUCUGAAGAGAUUGUUUACCGAACUUUUCAACUCUGGCAUAAUUGUUGUGGCAACGAGCAACAGACAACCAGAUGACCUUUAUAAGAAUGGUCUCCAAAGAUCUAAUUUUCUUCCUUUUAUCCCUAUUUUAAAAUCACACUGUGAGGUGAUCAACUUAGACUCAGGAAUUGAUUAUAGAACAAAAAAUCUUCCAGACACUCAAAAGGUUUUCUUUGUCAAAUCUGAGUGUGAUGCAGAGGCUGAAAUUAAACUGUUAUUCAAGAUUAUGAUCUCUGAAGAGACAGAUGUUGUUCGACCUCGCACCCUAACUUACAGCGGAAGGAAUGUUACAUUUGAGAAGACGUGUGGUGGUGUGUUGAACAGUACCUUUGAAGAAUUAUGCAACAGACCCCUGGGUGCUGAAGAUUACAUCCAGAUCUGUCAUGUUUUCCACACCAUCUUCAUCCGAGACAUUCCCAUUUUGAAAAAAAGGACAAGUGCUUUGGAAUGGAUUAAGCUGACCGCAGGUAUCAAGGAGGGGGGAAGUAGUCCUGGUUGGAGUCAUGAUCAAAGGAGAGCGAGUGGUCAGGGAACAGUGAAAGUUAAUGUCAUUGGGGCUGAUAAAGAACCCUCACAUCUUAGGAUGUGGAUAGAAGAAGGAAUUGGAGAAGACAAGGAAAGGGAAAAGGGGAGAGGAAAGGACCAUGUAAAAUUGGUUGGAACAAGGGCUGAGGUCCAAGGAAGGGGAGAUCUCCAACACUCUCUGUCUUACCACAUCCCACACCACGACAACAAUGGACAAGGGAUUAGUGGGAAACUAUGCAUUCUGUUCCAGGUAAGGAUUGUGUGCACAAGUGAUGUCCCUCACACACAAAUCUUCAGGGGUGAUGAAGGGCACUCAGAGUUUGUGGAUAAGGAAAGUCUUUCCCUGAUGGAUGAUUUAGGACUCAAGGAAAAAAAUGAAACCACGAAAACCAUGAGCAUCUUCACUGGAGAGGAGGAGAUGUUUGCCUUUGAUCGCACUGUGUCACGACUCACUCAGAUGAUGACCAAAAGUUAUUGGCAAGAGUACUAUUCUGAAAUGCGUUGA